GAGCCAAAUGUCCCCCUGUCAAUUUACUGACAGCCUUUCCCUGUACAACAGUUGAUAGCUCCAAGAAGGUUUCUUGAUAGAACCAAUAACUUAUCCAACGCAACCCGUCCGUCGCGCCUUCUCUCGUCUCUUAUUUACACACCCUAGGUCCCCAGCCCAUCAAACACCAAUAAUGAAGCACCCAAUAGCAGAAGCCAACGAGACGAGCCCGUUUGGCUCACUGAGUCCCGAACAAUUCUACGCACGCCACUCGGUGAGCCACGCCUCGGAGUACAUCACCAGCAAGCAGGGCCUCAAGCUCUUCUCUCAAUGGUGGACCCCUGAUCAAACUCCCAUCAAAGGUAUUGUGUGCGUGGUCCAUGGCUACACCGGAGAGUCCAGCUGGUUCGUUCUUUUGACUUCUGUCCAUAUCGCCAAACACGGUUUUGCUGUUUGCGCCAUAGACCAUAUGGGCCAUGGCUAUUCCGAGGGAUUAGUCGCCCAUUUGCCGGAUAUCAGUCUUGUGGUAGAUGAAUGUGUCCUAUUUUUCAAUAAAUUUCGUGCGGGUUAUGCCCCAAUUCUUCCGGCGUUUCUGUAUGCGGAGUCAUUGGGUGGGGCAAUUGCGUUGCUGAUCACGCUCCGCCGUGAUGGGGUCUGUCCGGUGAGGCCGUUUGACGGCGUCGUGUUGAAUGGGGCUAUGUGUGGUAUAAGUGAUAAGUUCAAGCCUCCAUGGCCGCUUGAGCAUUUCCUAUCCAUAGCGGCUGCUUUGAUUCCAACUUGGUGCGUGGUCCCGACUCGCGGUUCCUUACCUCUUGUUUCCUUCAAGGUGGAAUGGAAGCGAAAGUUGGCUGUAGCAAGUCCAAGGAGGCCCUUACAAAGGCCACGCGCAGCAACGGCACAAGAGUUACUGAGGGUGUGCAGAGAAUUACAAGGACUGUUUAAUCAGGUGGACGUUCCCUUUUUGAUCGUGCACGGAGGUGGUGACGUUGUAUGUGACCCAGCCUGCGUAGAACGGCUGUAUGAAUGUGCUGCGAGUAAGGAUAAAACCCUCAAGAUUUAUCCCGGAAUGUGGCAUCAGCUGGUUGGAGAGCCUGAUGAAAAUGUGGAACUUGUGUUCGGAGAGGUUGUGAAGUGGCUCAUGACUAGAGCAGAUCAGGCCCCUGCUGGCUCGGUGGUCGAGGAUGGAGAUGCUGCUGAUGCUGAUGCUACAGAGAUUAAGUAGAUGGUUUGGAUAUAUUAUGAUUUACAACUAUCUUGAUGGUUCAUAUAAUGUAGAAUGGUAUAAAUUUGCGAAACUGAUAAGUUGGAUGAAUGGGAAUUGAUUGCAUUCAUUCCUUAAUGGCUGAUCUUUAAUAUUAUGCGAGGAACAUCUCGAUUUUGCCUUUGUUUACUGAGGCCCUAA